GCCGAGCCGGACCGGGCCGAGAUGGCGGCGGCGGUGGCGUCUGGGACGACGGUGUGGAGCGGCUUCCUGCGGCUCUGCUUCGUGUUCGGUCUGUCCUUUCUGGCGCUCACCGGGCUGCUGCUGGUGCAGCUGGCCAACGCGGCCAAGAAUUUUGAGGAUGUCCGGUGUAAAUGUAUUUGUCCUCCUUAUAAAGAACAUUCUGGAUACAUUUAUAACAAGAACAUAACUCAGAAAGAUUGUAAUUGCCUGCAUGUUGUAGAACCCAUGCCAGUCCCAGGACCUGAUGUCGAAGCCUACUGCCUUCGUUGUGAGUGCAAAUAUGAAGAAAGAAGUUCUGUCACAAUCAAAAUUACAAUUAUAAUUUAUCUGUCUAUUCUGGGCCUGCUUCUUCUGUACAUGGUAUACCUUACAUUUGUUGAGCCUAUCUUGAAGAGGCGUCUCUUUGGACACUCCCAAUUGAUACAGAGUGAUGAUGAUGUUGGGGAUCACCAGCCCUUUGCAAAUGCCCAUGAUGUGCUAGCCCGAUCUCGCAGCCGGGCUAAUGUGCUCAACAAAGUGGAAUAUGCCCAGCAGCGUUGGAAGCUUCAAGUACAAGAGCAGAGGAAGUCUGUGUUUGACCGGCAUGUGGUCCUCAGUUAAUCAGGAACCUAGUGCCAAGGUGACUGGAAGGAAGGAAGGAAGUGGGCUUCAGGAAAAACUGCUCAUAUCUUCCUGAUUUUUUAAACCACUGCUGAGAGAUUUCACCAAACUUGUUGGAUAGUUCAAAACUGGAAGCAGAAAAAAAAGCUUUUUUUAAUUUAAAAAAUAAAAGGUAUUAACUGGAAAAUGUUAAAAGCACAUGUCUCAGAAGCCAAAAAGCCACAAACAGUUCUUUCUGGCUUUUCCUAAUGAAGCUAAAUCUACCUAUGAAUUAUCUUGAGAUCUUUUCUCUCUGGCAAACAUUCAUUUCUUUCUGCAUUCUUCCUUACCUUAAUUCUAACAUGUUUUUCAGGACAACUUUCACACUCUUCGUCUUUAGGGGGAGGGAAACACAACUUUCACAAGACACUUUAUUCCAUGGACUUUUGUAAAUAGAUGUUUCCUAUCGUAUUUUUGUGCUUGGCCUCAUUUUCAGCGGAAUCAGCUUCUGCUGGAAAUGCUGACUUGCUCAGCCGAUUUUUAGCACUGAUGGUGUCCUAAGCAGAUGAUUGGCUCUUGGCAACACUUAGUACGUUGACUGUGAAAUAUUACUGACAGAAAUGCAGAUUUACUUUGGUACUGUGAUGUAGAUAAAACUCUCCAGUCUCAUGCAGAGCAUUCUGGUAUGGAAUGGCCCUUUGCUAGUUUUCUCAGUGACUGAACAAAUGGUGUUGGUGUUUGUGGUCCUUCUUAACCUCUUCUCAUGGCCUUAGGGAUAAGCCUCAAGAUGUGGAAACCAUGUGAUAAAGAAACCCAUCUCUAAAGUUAAGCCUAUCUGAAUUGGUGGUUUACGUACAUUCUUCAGCAUUUCCAGUCAUCCUGGAAGUUGACUGGUGGGCUUUGUGUAAGUCUCUGAACUGUAACUAAGGUCCUGGACUCCACCCUUUGAGAGCUGUAACAGCUAUUGGAUAACUGGCUCUUUACUUUCUACAUCCUCUUUGGAAUGUAACAAUAAAAAUUAAUUUUUGAAAAACCCA